AUGAAUACACGCGAGGCUAGUCCAGAAUCCCUGGUCGAACCCCAGGAGAUUGAGUAUCUCUAUCUUGAGCUGGAAACGCCGUUGCCGACGCCAUGCAUCACUUUACCUCCCCGGCCCGGCCAGUCGGCCCCGCCAGAGGCUCCCCGCUUGGAAGAGUAUACUUCGCCUUUCCUUUGGCCGAAAUGGCGCAAGUCGAUGAUGACUUAUAUUUCUUGUGCGGUUACUGCUUUGGCGGGUUAUUCGGCGGGUGAAGUUAGCCCUGCAUCGGAAGAGCUGUGUAAAGAAUGGGGCAUUAGUUCUGUUGUGUAUAACUUGAGCAUCACUGUCUUUUGCAUUGGUUUCGCACUGGCACCGAUGAUUCUUGCGCCUUUCUCGGAAAUUAAUGGACGCAGACCAAUCUUCGUUGCAAGUGGCAUUUUGUUCGUGGCUAUGCUUAUCGCAUGUGGAGGAACGCACUCGUUUGCAGGACUGUUAAUCGCCCGUUUCUUUCAGGGUGUUGGAGGCUCUACCUUCUCUACCAUGGUCGGCGGCGUCAUCAGUGACAUCUAUCACGCCCAUGACCGAAAUACUCCAAUGGCUCUCUUCUCAGGCUCCGCCCUCUUCGGUACCGGUCUGGCACCUAUGCUCGCUGGCGCAAUCGUCACUCACACCACCUGGCGAUGGAUCUACUAUUCCCAUGCGAUCGUCUCGGCAGUCUUCGUCAUUAUCAUCUUCGUGUUCUUCAAGGAGACCCGUGGCAGUGUCCUGCUUAGCCGUAAGGCGCAGAAAGUGAACAGCUACUAUGAGAAGCUCGAGGAGGCUGGUCACUACGGUGUCAUCAUGUCGAGUGAGGACGCUUCUGACGAAAAGUGUGUUCGCCGUAUUCGGUGGAAGGUCAAGAGCGAUGAGCAGCGGGCGUCCCUGGCCAAGAUGAUCCAGAUCUCGCUGUACAGGCCUUUCCAUAUGCUCGUCACCGAGCCCGUCGUCUUCUUCUUCUCCCUUUGGGUGUCUUUCAGCUGGGCUACGCUCUACCUCCAGUUCAGCUCUGUCCCGCUCGUCUUCCGCACCAACCACGGCUUCAACGUUGAGCAGACUGGCGCUGUAUUCACUGCCAUGUGCGUCGGUGUCAUCCUCAUCACCAUCAUCAGUAUCUCGCAAGAGAAGAUCGCCGCACGUUUCGGAUGGUCAAAUUCAUCCGCUGAAGGACGCUUGUACUUCGUCUGUGUCGAGUCUAUUCUCCUUCCUAUCGGUCUCUUCUGGUUUGGCUGGACUUCUUUCCCGUCCGUGCCUUGGAUUGUACCUGCCAUGGCCGUCGGGUGCGCGACCAUGGGUAUCUUUUCGAUUUACCUGGCUACUUUCAACUAUCUGGCCGAUACGUACCAUCGGUAUGCUAGUUCUGCAAUUGCGGCUCAGUCUUGCUGCCGGAAUCUUCUCGGUGGUGUUUUCCCGCUGGUGACGACGGCUAUGUUUACCAAUCUGGGUUACCCUGGAGCAUCGAGUCUUCUGGGUGGACUUGGCACUCUUCUGACCCUUGUGCCAUGGGUACUUGCCUUUUACGGCCCCAAGAUUCGUGCGAGGAGCAAGAUGGCGAGUGAACUUGCGCAUUGA